AUGUCUUCUCAUGGCGAUAUGUUCGAUGACCAAACGCCGUUGUUGAGUCCUUUACGUAUUCCCGAUUCACCGGAACCAUAUAUUCCGUUAACGGAUAGUAUGAUAGAAACUGGAACAACGUAUGGCGAAUCUACUAGAUUGAUCCCUGUCUCGGCAACAAACGAAACUAACUCAUUAAUGUGUCAUCAACAACCGAAUCUAAUCACAUAUCAAGAGACAUCAACACUCCCGCAAAAUCUGCUUGAAAUGAACCAAAUAGAUAUUGGUCAACAAGUCGUGCAAGAAAACAAUGGAUUUGCAUAUCCAGCUAUGACUAAUCCUCAUGAGUCUCCAAAUCAGCUUCAAGAGCUUCCUCCUUUACCUUUGUGUAAUCUUCAUGAGUCUCCAAAUCAGCUUCAAGAGCUUCCUCCUUUACCUUUGUCUAUUCUUCAUGAGUCUCCAAAUCACUUUCAAGAGCAAUUUCCUCCUUUACCUUUGCUACCAGAAGAGCAUUUUGAAGGAUAUUGGGCACUUUUACCUCAACUUUUGGCUUGUUUCCCAAAUAAUAAUCUUCCAGUCACAAGUGUAACAGCUUCUCAGAACCUGGUUCCUCCUAUGCAACUAUCUGCUCAUACUCUUUCACCUAGAGUUCCUCUGUUAAACAACCAAUACCGUAAUUCUUAUUACUUGGGCCCAAAUAUGGUGCCGAAUCCAGAGCUAUCUAGUCUCAACGUCCCCAACAACCUCGUUCCAAAUGGGUCACAGAACUAUCUGCCGAAUCAGACGUAUCGACAUGUCCCAUUCACUUCUUCGAACAUGCAUGGUCAGCAACUGCCUCCACCAGUUUUAUGGACAUAUCCUCGACAAAAUCAAAUUACUAUGAUCCCUACCCCUAAUAGUGGUCUACAACGUAACAUUUCAUUCAUACCCAGACCUCAAAUGCCUUUGAACUCUACUAGGCAUCUUGGUGGCAAUCAAAGAUCGGUGCAUCAGCCUUCACCGAGGGUUAGGUCAUCCACUCCGAGGCGUAUACGUCCAAACGUAAAUUCAAUCAUAACUCCACAGACCAGUACUGUUUUAGGAUCUCGGCGACGAAGUUACCAAAGUCAGUUUGAACUUGGAGGAUCAUCAUCUCCCGCUCAACGCAGGAGAAUUACAUCAGCAAACGAAAAUGUUGCUUCAACUGCGCCCAAUACUGCUGGAGCAAGGGUGGAAAAUAAAAUAUACAAUCCGAUAUACGAAAGCCUCGGUCUACUUAUUGAUCCACACUUGAGAAAGUUUUCUGAAUCGCAGACAUUCGGUCGCUGA